AACCCCGUUCCAAGUGACCACAUUUAUCUGGCUCUUCAGUUCUAUUUAAGUCUCUCUCAUUCAUCGCAAAUACACAACCUUCUAUCCCAAAAAUUUACCUAUCAUAUCAUAUAUCUUAAUGUCACAGGAAACCAUGUCUGACACUGAGAUCAAUUUCCCCCCACCAGGUUUUGACCAAGAGGUCGUGUACAAGGAGUGCAAACGCAACCACUCGGCGUCACUAAACCGUGUUUCCUAUGAUGGGUGCCAAGAGUUUCUCAAAGCAGGUGUUGAGAGCAACACUAAAGAUGCUAUGUUAUGUGUUGUUUGUGGGUGUCACCAAAAUUUUCAUGUGCAAGUUAGGCUGAAUGGAGAAACUAACCCUAAGAAGGAGAUGAUGUCGGUGCCGCCGAAGAGGAAAAAGAGAACGGUUUUCACACCAAUAUCGAAGAACCGGAUGAAAGAAUUUGCUGAAAGGAUAGGGUGGAAACUUACAACGGGUAAAAAGGAGGAAAUUGAUCAUCUUUGCUUGGAGAUUGGAAUUAGUCUCAAAACAUUCUCAGUGUGGUUGAACAAUCAUCGUCCUCGAGCGAUAAAAAUGGAAAAACAGUGAAUGGAAAAGCCAAGGGGCAACGACUGCACAACAUCCUUUCUAAUUGGCAUUUGAGUUUUUUCCUUAAUUGGUCUAAUGUACUGUUAGUGAAAAAGUUAACUUUUAUUUAUGAAUAUGGGUUAGGAUUUCCUUUGUCUGCUUCUUGUCUUUUGUAUUUUUUUCAAUGUUUAUCUUUAAUAUGUUCUCUUUUUUUUAAGUGUCUGGGUUUUUAGUGGUUUACCUUGGAUAACUUCUAUUUUAGAGUGGAUUGUUAUCUUUGUUAUGUCAACUUAAAUGUGUUUGUUCAAUUAAUUUCUGUUAUUUAUCAAAAUUGCAUUGAUAGUAA